CCAACAACUUCCACUCAGCAGCGCAGGAAAAAGUCGGGAUCCGGAUCCGGACCUGGACCUGGACCUGGGACUGAUUCCGGACCUGGAUCUCUGUUUCCUGGAUCCGGACCUGGGACUGAUUCCUGCCGUGGACCCGGACCUGGAUCUCUGUUUCCCGGACCCGGACCCGGACCUGGUCCCUGGACGCCGCGCGGGGAUCCCAGGAUUACAGCUGGGGUGAGUCGGGACCCCUCGGUACCUGGACCCGGACCUGGACCUGGGACUGUUUCCUGGACCCGGACCUAGGAGUGUUUCCCCCCGUGGACCCGGACCUGGAUCUGUGUUUCCUGGACCCGGACCCGGACCUGGACCUGGGACUAUUUCCCGGACCUGGAUCUGUGUUUCCUGGACCCGGACCUGGACCUGGAUCUGUGUUUCCUGGACCUCUAGUGGAUUUACACACAUUCAGACCGGAUAGACCUGGACCUGGUCCCGGACGCUGGUGGUGCGUGUCGGCCGCGCGGGGAUCGUUCCAGCUGGGGGAGUCGGGACCCCUCGGUACCUGGACCUGGACCUGGACCUGGACCUGGGACUGAUUAUUGGAUCUGGACCUGGGACUGUUUCCCUCCGUGGACCUGGAUCUGGGACUAUUUCCUGGACCCGGACCUGGAUCUCUGUUUCCUGGACCCUCUAGUGGAUUACACACAUUUAGACCGGAUCGGUCCGAGACCCGGUUCUCCCCCGGAUCUGGUCCUGGUCUGGUCCUGACCUGGUCCAGACCUGGUCCUGACCUGGUUCUGGUCCUGACCUGGUCCUGACCUGGUCCUGACCUGGUCCUGACCUGGUCCUGGUCCUGACCUGGUCCUGGUCCGGACCGGACCCCCCAGCAGGACCAACCAUGCCCGCCAGGACCAAGUACAACCUGGUGGAUGACGCGCUGGACCUGCGGAUCCCGCUGCACAACGAGGACGCGUUCCAGCACGGGAUCAACUUCGAGGCCAAGUACAUCGGGAGUCUGGACGUGACCCGGCCCAGCAGCCGCGUGGAGAUCGUAGCGGCCAUGCGGCGGAUACGAUACGAGUUCAAGGUGAAGAACAUCAAGAAGAAGAAAGUCCACAUCAUCGUGUCGGUGGACGGAGUGAAGGUCGCUCUGAGGAAAAAGAAGAAAAAAAAGGAGUGGACCUGGGACGAGAGCAAGAUGAUGGUGAUGCAGGAUCCCAUCUACAGGAUUUUCUACGUGUCUCACGACUCGCAGGACCUGAAGAUCUUCAGCUACAUCGCCCGGGACGGACAGAGCAACGUGUUCCGCUGCAACGUCUUCAAGUCCAAGAAGAAGAGUCAGGCCAUGCGCAUCGUGCGGACGGUGGGCCAGGCCUUCGAGGUUUGUCACAAGCUGAGUCUGCAGCACACGCAGACGCCGGACGGACCGGAGGACGUCGGGGGAGACGGGAAGACCGACGGCUCCUCCGUGGCAGGGGUGCGUGCUUAUCCACCUGUGUGUGUGUGUGCUCUCCUCGGCUCAGUGCGCCGCGAGCUAACGGACCUGGAGCUAACGGACCUGGACAAGACGCCGGCCGCCGCCCAGGAGACGGAUAUCGACGCCGAGGAGCCGACGACGGUGACGGAGGAGCUGAACCCCGACAGAGGCGUCACGGACCUGGACGCCACGGCCAAGACGCCGGGGAUCAAACACUCGGAGGCUCAGGCUCCGGAGGACGAGGCCUCUCUCCUGCUGUCCAGCCCCAGGAUGCUGCUGCCGUUGUCGGGCUCGCUGCCCCCCGGGGCCCCCGGGCCCCCCGGAGCCCCCCUGUCCGUCCACCACCAGAUCCAGCUGUUGCAGCAGCAGCUGCAGCAGCAGCAGCAGCAGACGCAGGUUGCCGUGGCGCAGGUGCACCUGCUGAAGGACCAGCUCAGCGCCGAGGCCACGGCCCGGCUGGAGGCCCAGGCCCGGGUUCACCAGCUGCUGCUGCAGAACAAGGACCUGCUGCAGCACAUCUCCCUGCUGGUGAGACAGAUCCAGGACCUGGAGACCCGGGUGACCGGAACCAACCCCCUGGGAUCCCAGGACAGUCUGCUGGAGAUCACGUUCCGGUCCACGCUGCCCCCGGUGCUCUGCGACGCCACCACGCCGAGGCCCGAGGUGUCGGCCGUUAGCCUGGCGGGGCUGGGGGCCGGCGACGGGCCCAACGGGACCCUGGGGAACCUGGGGACCCUGGGGAACCUGGGGAACCUGGGGAACCUCGGGACCGCCAACGUCUUCUCCUCCGCCAACGGAAACCUGGGGAGCCCGCUAGGUAGGGAGCCGUGUCUGUUCAAACUGGAGCGUUUCCGUUUCCUCCCGGGGCCCCCGGGGCCCCUGGGGCCUCCUCCCCGACUCCCCUCUUCUCCCCCGCCGCUCCACGCUAACGGGCCAGAGACUAACAGAUCUGAGACUAACAGGUCUGAGACUAACGGGUCUGAGACGGACUGGUUUCCCCGGGAGCUCAAGUCCUCGGACUGCCUGCAGUUUGCCCGGUUUCGUGAGUCGGGCAUCGCCUCGGAGUACGAGUCGAACUCGGACGAUAGCGAUGACAGGGAGGACGAGGAGGAGGAGGAGGAGGAGGAGGAGGAGGAGGAGGAGAUGGAGAUCUUUGGCUGGGGGACGGACGAGGAGACGCUGAGGCUGCUCAACGUCCUCAGCAGACAGGGAAACCCCGACUGUCUGGGGGACGAGAUCGCUGUGUGA